GUGUGUGUGUGUGUGUGUGUGUGUGUGCUCGGCCGCUGGCGGGCAGCAGUGAGUCUGUACCUGUCUCAGGUUGGUUGUGGGCGGAGAGUAUCUGGAAGUCUCCGUCUCUCGAGGAGGAGCCAGACGCAGACACGAGCCGAAGAGCUUUAAGAGACGAUGGCCAGAAGAUCUGACCUCAGUCCAGCCUGAGAUUAGGAGAGUCGAGCUGAAGAUCGGUGUGUGUCGAGCUGAAGAUCCUCGGUGUGUGUGUGUCGGGCUGAAGCGCACGAGCGGCUCCGGGCUCCCGCAGAGCUCCUCAUCUGGAAGAGAAGAGCGCCAUCAUCAUGGAGCAGAGAGGAGGACGGACACGAGCCCAGCUCCUGCCUCUUCUGCUGGUGUCCAGUAUGUGUUUUGUGAGUGCCGAAUACUCAAGUUGUGGAGAAAAUGAAUUUUACAAUUACACAAUCAGCAGCUGCCAGCCCUGCCCACAGUGUCAGCCAGGACAAGAGCCGUACAUGAACUGUGGUUACGGCACUAAAGAUGAGGACUACAGCUGCGUGGUGUGUCCGGCCGGGAAGUUCUCCAAAGGCAAGUACGAGAUCUGUCGGAGGCACAAAGACUGCGACUCUCUGUACCGCGCCACGGUCCUGACGCCGGGGACUCUGGAGAGCGACGCCGAGUGUGGAGCGUGUUUACCGGGGUACUACAUCCAGGAGAACCGUCCUCGUAACAUCUACGGCAUGGUGUGUCACUCGUGUCAGAACGCUCCCCGAAACACCAGAGAGUGCAUGCAGUCGACGCUGUCCUCGGGUCGAGCCCCCAGUGUGUCCUCCAGCAGCACCACCAUGAUCCCUCACGCAGAGAAAGAUCCAGCAGGACAAGGUCACCUAGCAACGGCCCUCAUCAUCGCCAUGUCAACCAUCUUCAUCAUGGCCAUCGCUAUAGUGAUGAUCAUCAUGUUCUACAUCCUGAAGACCAAACCCAGCGGACAAGCAUGCUGCUCUAGACAAAUAAUAAAAACCGUGGAGGUCCAGACGAACAAGCAGGAGGAGAAGAAGGAGGUUCAAGAAAACGUGGUGAUCUUUGCAGAAAAGGAUGAGUUUGAUAAGCUCAAGCCUUCAUCUCCAAAAACAGUGAAGAG